UGGUGCUCGAGUUCUGACCCUCAAGAUUGCAAAAAAUAGGCUCUUCGUCGACGAGGACGAGAUAUCUUCUUCUCCCUCGGAGCUUGAGUCGAGCUGCUCUGGCCUUUGAUUCUCGUGUACUUCGCGUACGUUACCCGCGAAUGAGAUAACCGUAGAUCGUGAUUGAACCGGGAAGAGAUAAGAAAAAGAAGAUGAGCGAAGGGCAGAAGUUCCAGCUCGGAACGAUCGGUGCUUUAAGUUUGUCAGUUGUGUCGUCUGUGUCGAUCGUGAUCUGUAACAAGGCGCUCAUAAGUACUCUCGGUUUCACAUUUGCAACCACUCUGACAAGCUGGCAUCUUUUGGUCACGUUUUGUUCUCUUCAUGUGGCAUUAUGGAUGAAGUUGUUUGAACACAAGCCUUUUGAUCCGCGAGCUGUGAUGGGAUUUGGCAUAUUAAAUGGCAUAUCCAUUGGACUUUUGAACCUUAGCUUGGGUUUUAAUUCUGUUGGUUUCUACCAGAUGACAAAACUGGCAAUCAUCCCGUGUACUGUUCUUUUGGAGACACUCUUCUUCAGGAAGAAAUUCAGUCGAAAAAUCCAGUUUUCUUUGGCAAUCCUUCUCCUUGGUGUUGGGAUUGCAACAGUGACAGAUCUUCAACUUAAUGUUCUGGGAUCCGUCUUGUCGCUCCUGGCUGUCCUCACUACGUGUGUGGCCCAAAUUAUGACCAAUACCAUCCAGAAGAAAUUUAAGGUUUCUUCAACCCAACUUUUGUAUCAGUCUUGCCCAUAUCAAGCGAUCACUCUUUUCAUCAUUGGCCCAUUUUUGGACGGGCUCCUGACCAACAAGAACGUGUUUGCUUUCAAGUACACCUCUCAAGUCCUGUUCUUCAUUGUCCUGUCCUGCCUUAUAUCUGUAUCCGUGAACUUCAGCACAUUUCUUGUUAUUGGGAAGACAUCUCCGGUCACCUAUCAGGUCCUGGGACAUCUGAAAACAUGUCUGGUUUUAGCUUUUGGCUACGUUUUGCUACGUGACCCGUUCAGCUGGCGCAACAUUCUGGGCAUACUGGUUGCUGUGGUCGGAAUGGUUCUCUAUUCUUAUUACUGCUCGCUGGAGACACAGCAGAAGGCUAGCGAAGCAUCAGCCCAGCUUCCCCAGAGCACAAUAGUAACGGAUAGUCUUAUUUUAGAUGAUGAAGGAAAGCGAGAGCGAUCCUCUAAUUACAGCGGAAAACGGGAGCGGAAUGUUAUCGGAAGGCGUUGUGCCCAAGACUCCAUGGAACUUGAACAAAGAUGUGCAAGCAUAAAAGCGGAAUGAACCGUCGGCCAUUAUGGUAUCGGAGAUUCUUUGGAUUAUUUCGGUGGUGGAGUGCAGGAGAAUCCGUUUGUUUUGGAUCAGCAGAGGGGAAGUAGGGAGCGGAGGGAGAGUUUGUUGAUUGAAAACAUACAUUAAAAAAUGGCAAAAGUUUUGGUCCUUAGUUAUUUUGUAUUUAAAGGAUGCCUCCAUUCUUUCA